AUGAACCCAUCAGAGAUGCAAAGGAAGGUGCCUCCGCAGAGACAGAGAACCCGCAAUCGAACAUCAUCAACUCGCAGGGUGAACAAAAUGGUGAUAUCAGAAGAACAGAUGAAGCUGACAUCCACCAAGAAGGCGGAGCCUCCGAGCUGGGCCCAGCUAAAGAAGCUGACACAGUUAGCUGAAAAAAGCCUGGAAAACACAAGGUCUACAGGUGUAUUGAGCAGCUCUGGAGAGACAGCGACCAGUGAGAAUGGGCCAUGA